UCACCUCCGGUGAUCCGCUUGCCUAGGCCUCCCAAAGUGCUGGGAUUACAGGCAUGAACCACUGUGCCUUCAUGAAGUUGGGUAACAGAAGUGACCACAGAUUUCAUCUAGCUCAGCUUGCAUUUUGAAAGUCAGAUAACUGAGACUCUGAGAUUAGAAAGGACUCUCUCAAGAUCACAUGGUGAGUGGGUGUGGCGGAAGGGCCUGGAAUCCUGGUCUUUUGUACAUGCUUUGCUUCAAAUCACAGAGCAGCUUAUGUGCCUUUAUUAACUUACUUUUAUUUUCCUCUGGAAAUAAUAUCAAGUCAAAUAGUGUCCUUAUAAUUUGCAGGUACUAGGAGAGGGCCCUUUGGGAAAGGGUUGCAUUAGCUGCCUCCCUGAGGGUUCAUGACACAGAAAGUUCUAGAAAAGUGAUGCCCCCUGGUUAGGGGAAUCAAAACAGGAUCAGCUGGCAUGGCUGGGUGGCAAGCGGACCCUGGGUUGCUUCCAGAGUGGGCUGCUGCUGACUGUGGCAAAUGAAGUCUUUCUCUGCCAGCUGGAGGAGCUGCUACUCUGGUGUGCAGGUACCCAAGGCCUUAGCAGGUGUGGCUGGAAUGCCACUGGGUCGGGAAAAUGAGGUCUAGGACAAGCAGGAGGCUCUCUUGGGUCUCACUGAGCUGAACCAUUCACCUGGGAAGAAGAAGAAAGGAGAGGCCGUGGAGAUAAGCCAAUAGGGCCAAGCCCUUUGUCCUGGCCCCUGGGGACAAUCCUGGGGCUGGAAAGUCAAGAUCUGCAGAGUUAUCCUUCGGUCCUAGGCAAGGGUACAGGCACUCCUGUUGAAAAAACAAGCAAGCAAACCAAACAUCUUCCCUGUGAACUGAACCUCCAGAGGUCCCAGGUACUUGGAGGAACUGGAAUAAGGUGAUUCACAGGUUUCCCUACUUAAAGUCAAAAUACAGCCCUUAGCAACCAGUCCCGCCUAGCGGUUACCUACUGAAUACAUUGCUUUCCCCAAGGGCUGAGCCCUUGGAAAUACUCUCCAAGGAGAAUGUAGAAAACCUGUCUGUCCCUGUCUCCACUGGCCACACCAGAGCUGCUGUCCCAGAAUGAACGUAGGGCUGUGCUCCUACGGUGCUCCCUGGUCAGGGGUCCCAGCCAUUUCAAUAGGUGGUAGGAGCUCUUCCAGCCAGCCCUGCCCCAUCACCUUCCCCGUUAAGCUGUUUCCAGCCCUUUAUAACAAUCCUUCUACCUCCCUAGGAGACAGAGUCAUUGGGCCCUUCUUUCAUGGAUACGGAGCAACCUCCUCCCCCAACCCCACACACAGGGCCUCAAAGUCCUCUCUGACACCACAGCCUUCCCUAGGCUGUGGUUAAAGCCACUUAAAGCCAACUCACAUACCUGCCCCUUCCCUCCAUUUAGAUGGGUCCCCUCCUCCAUCCUACCCGGCUCCCGUGGCACUGCCUGCGCACCCCUCCCUCUGAAGAGCAGUGUGGUAAGGCAGGGGCUGCGGUGCCAGGGCAUUUUGGCAUGCCCUUCCCGCCCUACCCCGCCCCGCCUGCUAAAUAUAUAUCUUGGAGGAGUCCAGGAAGGAGCCACCACAGAUGUGAUUAACUCUUUCACCUCCAGCACCGUGGAGACAGGGCAGGCUGGAAGGAGCAGUGGGAAGUGGGGGUACCCAAGUCCAGACUAGAGGAGCCCCCGCCCAGGAUCAGCUGGCAGAUGGGAGAACUCGGCCCCUCACACCAGGCUGGGAGGAAGGGGUCCUGGGAUUCUGGGAGGGGGCUGGUCUGUGGGAAAGAGACCCCGAGUGCCCUUACUGUCCCCACCCACCCAGGCCACCUCCACUGUUCAGAAGGAGGAAACUGAGUCAGGAAAGCUCAAAUCUCAUGGCAAUUAUCUGGCAAAGUCAGGCCCUGACCCACUUUCUCCAGCAAGAACUGAAAGAAGACCUCAACGCUCUUUUCAAGAGAAGACGGUGGAUGAUGGCCGAGUUGGUGACCAGGAACACACCACAAGGGAUGAAAUAGACAGUGAGACAGUGAGCCCACUUGAGGACCUCGUCCAGAGUGCUGGAUCCUUCUGAAACCCCACUUUGCCCAGAAGGCAACCCAGGCCACCUCUGCCCUGUCCAUCCACUGCAAGCCACUGGCUGUACCCCAGUUAUACACAGAAGAGCACUCCUCUGCACUAACCCAACUGAGACUGCAACCUAGCUCCCUGCCUCAGUCUCCCGACAGUGGGAGUGAGACACCAGGCCUGCAGCAUGCCUCCUCGGAACUCUGGAAAAGGAAAAAUUACAGUUGGAAAGAAGACAGAAGCUGGUAAAAGAAGCCUUCCAAGGAGGCCCUUCCUUUGCAGCCGGCUCACCAUGGCGCUCCAGCCACGACGCUGCCAAGUGUGCUCCGUGCCAGGGCUGAGGCCUGGGGUUGGGGGAGGCCAAUGGCUGCCAGUGGUCCUGGAGCCCCUCGCCUAUUCUCCAGAGAGCCUGAAACUUUCCAGGGAGAGGCACGGCUAGCCCUGCUGGGUGCCCAGAGAGCCGAUGUUGGUGGGGAGGCAGCUGGCACCUCCAUCAACCACUCCCAGGCGGUGCUCCAGCGCUUGCAGGAGCUGCUGCGACAGGGCAACGCCAGUGACGUGGUUCUGCGGGUGCAGGCUGCGGGCACCGACGAGGUCCGGGUCUUCCACGCCCACCGCCUGCUGCUGGGACUGCACAGCGAGCUGUUCCGGGAGCUGCUGAGUAACCAGAGCGAGGCGGUGCUGCAGGAGCCACGGGACUGCGCCGCGGUCUUCGACAAGUUCAUCAGGUACCUGUACUGCGGGGAGCUGACUGUGCUACUGACCCAGGCCAUCCCCCUGCACAGGUUGGCCACCAAGUACGGCGUGGCCUCCCUGCAGCGCGGCGUGGCCGACUACAUGCGCGCGCACCUGGCGGGAGGCGCGGGCCCGGCGGUGGGCUGGUACCACUACGCGGUGGGCACCGGGGACGAGGCCCUGCGUGAGAGCUGCCUGCAGUUCCUCGCCUGGAACCUGUCGGCCGUGGUGGCCAGCGCCGAAUGGGGCGCCGUGAGCCCCGAGCUGCUGUGGCAGCUCCUGCAACGCUCGGACCUGGUGCUGCAGGACGAACUGGAGCUGUUCCAAGCGCUGGAGGCCUGGCUGGGUCGCGCGCGGCCGCCCCCUGCCGUGGCCGAGCGGGCGCUGCGCGCCAUCCGCUACCCCAUGAUCCCACCGGCACAGCUGUUCCAACUGCAGGCGCGCUCAGCUGCCCUGGCGCGCCACGGCCCCGCGGUGGCCGACCUCCUGCUGCAGGCCUACCAGUUCCACGCCGCGUCGCCGCUGCACUACGCCAAGUUCUUCGACGUCAACGGCAGCGCCUUCCUGCCCCGCAACUACCUCGCGCCAGCCUGGGGCGCCCCGUGGGUCAUCAACAACCCGGCCCGCGACGACCGCAGCACCAGCUUCCAGACGCAGCUGGGCCCGAGUGGCCACGACGCGGGCCGCCGGGUCACCUGGAACGUGCUCUUCUCGCCGCGCUGGCUGCCCGUCAGUCUGCGGCCCGUUUACGCGGACGCCGCGGGCACAGCGCUGCCCGCCGCGCGCCCCGAGGACGGCCGACCGCGGCUGGUGGUGACGCCGGCCAGCAGCGGCGGCGACGCGGCGGGCGUGAGCUUCCAGAAGACCGUGCUGGUGGGGGCGCGCCAGCAGGGCCGCCUGCUGGUCCGCCACGCCUACAGCUUCCACCAGAGCAGCGAGGAGGCCGGCGACUUCCUGGCGCACGCCGACCUGCAGCGGCGCAACUCAGAGUACCUGGUGGAGAACGCCCUGCACCUGCACCUCAUCGUCAAGCCCGUAUACCACACCCUUAUCCGGACCCCCAAGUAGCCUCGGGGUCGGGGAGUAAAGGCCUGGCCUAGGUGCUCCUUGUGGGUCUGGGAAGGGCAAGGCGAGUGUGGAGGUGGCAACAAGCCUGGUACCCUGGAUGGCCCGGUGCCGGCCACCCUAGGGCUGGGGUGGAGUCCAGGUGAGGCGUGGUAGACAAGAUGCCUGGUUUCAAGAGCUGAUUUCACAGCUGACUUGAAGGAACAUUCUUGGUCCUGAAUAAACCGAUGCUCAGAGUGGUAA